GCGUUCGGAUGGUAAAAGUGCUGCAUAUUUCUUAGUACAGAUUUUCCUCAUCAUGCAUGUUCUAAUCCAAUUGCAACGAACAUGCUUGUGUUCGGGACAACUUAAACUGGAGCCAGCUUAGCGGUCAUAGACAGCACGCCGGUAGUAGGCUAAUCCACCCUUGGGAAGUAGCCGUGGGACGAAUGCUGUUAACGCACAUUAUUGCGUUCGUUCAUCGGGGGUCCCGGGAUGUGUCGGAGACGACUUGCCGAAAGGGGCUGAACGUAGAGUCUCGUGAAGCGUCGUCACUCAUCGUCACGCAACAUUCUGUUGCGACAGAAGUGAACGAGAGAUUGCACGCGAGUUGUCUGAAGGCGAAAGGAGGACCAUGGCGGCCACGCCGGGUGGUGGUGGAGGUGGCAAUGGAGGAGGAGGUGGUGGUGGUGGAGGUGGCAAUGGAGGAGGAGGUGGUGGUGGUGGUGGUCCAGAUCUGCUCAGUCUUGUGGCAUCUUUGGAUGCAUCUCUUCUGCCAUGUCUUCCAGCUCGGGAGCUUCAGGCCGUCGACCGCUCUACUCACCCCUCGCAUCAAGUUGAUGUUGAAAGACACGCGGCUGACUUCAUGGAGGCUGCUAAAACUUUGCAGUUGUAUUUUAUACGCGCCCAACAUCGACAUCAGCCUUCUAGAGAAGAAGCUUUGAAAAAGGAAAUUGCAGCAUUAGAAGCGGAAUUGAAAGUAAAAGAUGCAUUGAUGGAGAAACAAAGCAAGCUCUUGCGGCAUUGGCAAAGUUUACUGGAAGCUCAGAAGAACACUCACAUUGAGGAGCUUGAACGAGUAUAAGUCACUUCAUUCUGUAUACCUCAUCGCCAUUCUUAGUCCACCACUGUGGAGGCUGUUCGGUGGUGGAUUCCAUGGUUCGACUUCAACCCCUUUUGGUUGCAUAGGAUUAUCGCAGCUGGUUUACUACAAGGAGAGCCUCUAGGGCAAAGUAUUGCCGCACGUUUACAAGGGAUUUUUGAGCACUAUUCGACCCUCGUUACUCCCCGUCCCUAGCAGAUGGUGUAAGAACUCUACAAACAGCGCAUUCGAACGCUUUGCAGGCGAGACGUCCAAGUUUCACCUGCAUUGUGGCCGUCGUCCCCCAGAACUGAGCUAUGUCUGGAUUAAAUCAUGAAGUCGGUGUGAGGUCUCUUGUUGGUUGUGGAUUCUAACUGUGCGGAAGCAUAUCUCGGAAAUGGUAUCCUUGAUUCUUUUGAUUACUACCAUGGCCGUGAACUGAAGGUUUUCGCUGCCCAAUGAACACUUGUACAAAUCUCAAUAGUAGUAAUGGAGCUUGGGGUCGGAGUUGUGGACAUAGUUCCUCAACUGUUUUUGACCAGAUUUGUCAAAUCA